AUGCGGGACAUGCUGUGUGUCGCUCUUGGACUCGCUUUACUGGCGUUCACCCUGCUCAUGCUCAUUGGUGCUCUGGUGAAGGGGGGGGACUCGCCCGUGAUGGGGUCUCGUCGGGAGAGAAUGGGUUUAGUGAUCUAUGACGUGGGAGCAUUUGGCACGGUCUUGGGGAAUUGCUUCGUUUCAUGCCCCAUUAUGACAGUGACAGUGGAAACUCUGUUCUAUGAAAUUAGGUUUAGUUUCCCCUUGAUGUCUGCGAGCAAUGAUGCAGAUGUUCAGCUGCCAGCUAGUGACGUUUUACAGGUUUUGAACCGUUCUUAG